AUGCUUGGCGAGGCAAAAAAUGAUGUAUUGUUUCAUGGUUGGCAAGUCGAUAUGAUAGAUGAUCUUAAUGCAUAUAAUCCUAUUUCAAUCGAAAACUUAAUGAAUCCAUCGUAUUACGAUCUGAUUGGUCAAGAACCAUUUCAAUUGUCUGAAGAUCUAUUUAAUGAACUUGUUAAUCGAACUUUAUCAAAGCUUCGAUAUGAAGUAGCUAACAAUCAACUAGAAUUAAGAAUUAAUCAACGACGAAAUCUCAUUACUGAUUGUCUUAUACAAGAUAAUCGAUCAGAACUUCGAAUUUCGAUCCGAAAUACAUUAUUUUUACUCAUAAAAAAGAAAGAUCGCAAUCAAGACGAUAAACGAUUUUCAGAUUGA